AGCAGCGGCGGGAGCAUGGCCCAGCGCCGGGAGCCGCGUCCCGCCGCGCCGCCCCACAGGGAGCUGAUGGCGCUGGGGUGGUACCAUGACAAUCUCACCCGACACGCAGCAGAAGCGCUGCUGCUCUCCAACGGGAAGGAUGGGAGCUAUCUUUUGAGGAAGAGCAAUGAAAGGGAAGAUCUGUACUCCCUCUCUGUAAGGGGAAAAGAUUCUGUGAAACACUUCCAUGUUGAAUGUACAGGAACUUCAUUCAGAUUUGGAUUUAAUGAAUUUUCUAGCUUGAAGGAAUUGGUCAUGCAUUUUGCAAACCAGCCUUUAAUUGGAAGUGAAACAGGAACCUUAAUUGUAUUGAAGCAUCCCUACCCACGGCAAGUGGAAGAACCUUCCAUUUAUGAGUCUGUCCGUGUUCACACUGCCAUGCAGACAGGAAGGACAGAAAGUGACCUUGUCCCAAAUGCUCCCUCGCUUGGUACCAAGGAAGGAUAUUUGAUAAAACAAGGCAAAAUAGUCAAGAGCUGGAAGACAAGGUGGUUUACACUGCAUAGGAAUGAACUUAAGUACUUCAAAGACCAGACAGCUACGGAACCAAUUCGAGCACUUGACUUAACUGAAUGCUCAGCUGUGCAAUUUGACUAUUCCCAGGAAAGAGUCAAUUGUUUCUGUUUAGUGUUCCCACUAAGGACAUACUACCUGUGUGCAAAAACUGGGAUAGAAGCUGACGAGUGGAUUAAAAUCCUGCGGUGGAAACUGUCACAAAUACGGAAGCAGCUGGAGGAGCGCAACGCCACCCUCAGUUCCUAGCUGUGUGCCAGCGCUCCUGCUCCACUGGCAGGAAUGGCCUCUCUCCAAGGGGAAGCCUCUUACCAGUGGGCAGCCUCACGUCUCCAGUGCUGUCUGUGCCCCCACACAGAUGUCACCCAGCUCUGCACACACAGGAUCCUGCAGCUCUAGGGCUGCCGAGUCACGCGUGGGGACGGUUGUACAAACAGAGUGUGGGUUUAACACGUGUGGUGUGUGCUUGUAACACACUUAAUCCAAACACCUGCCAGCUAAUCACAGAAGUGUUCAAAACUGAUUUGAACACAGACUGUUCAAAACUUUUGUGGCUAUUCAGAGCACUCAAUAAUUUAUUGCAAGCUCCAUCACAACAAAGGAUCAGUAUCGUGUUCUGUAACCUUGAACGUUUUAUUUAAGAGGUCCUUUCUGGAAACAUUGUCUUUUUAUUACCUGUUUAGGCUUUAAACCACAAGAAAAAUGACAGAAUUACAUUUUGUAAAUAGUAUCUAUAUUGCAAUCCAGAAAGUAGUAUUUCAAGGCCACACAAAGUGGCCUUGUGUGGCCUUGAAAUACUGAAAAAAGUGAAAAAAGUGAAAAAAUACUUGAAAAAAGUGUCACACAUUUGUCAAAGUGACAAAUGUGUGACACUUAGUUCUGGUCCAACAAAUUUUUAUAUGGUUAUCUUUAUACCACACUGAUGGCUACAAGGGAAUGUUUGUUUCAAACAGCGUCUGUAGGCAAUGGUGAGCAGCAUCAUGUAAGCACACUUAUAUACAGCCAGGGUUAUGAGAAACAGUAGCUACUUCCUGGCACUCACAGGACACACAUUUAACAGCAUUGUGACUCACUACAGAGACAAGAAGUGCAACCCCAUGAGGUUGGUGCUGUACUCAAAACAGAUGUUACAUUUUGGAAGCAAAGUUUGAAAUACUGGAGAGGCUUAAGACCAGCUGCAAGACGCCCUGAGCAAGAUCCCCUGCGCAAUCCUGUGCCUCCUCAAGGGGUGUGCAAAGAGGGGGUGUUUGGUAAUUGCCUUUACUGGGAGUGCAGAAGAGGAAGACAAAAGCACAUUGGAA